GUAUUUUAUUUCUUUUCUUCCUUAAUUUUCAAUUUUGAACAUGCCUUAUAAUUCAGAAACAUUUAACCCCUCCGCAAAUUGUGCUUUUUGCCAUAAAAAGAUUGAUUUGCAAAAGUCUGCCUUCGCAGAAAAUGAAAAGUGUGGCCAUAAGUUUCAUUCAAGGUGCGUUUCUACCGUUGCCGAGCCGGAUCCUUGUCCUGAAUGUGCUCUGAAAGAGCCUUCAACAUUAUCGGUUCGAGAAGAAGAGCCCGCUCCUAUUAACGCUGAUAUGGAAGUUGGUCAGUCGAAUAAUGACGCUGUCAAAAACACUGAGCCUAAGAGCAGCAGCCAUAGCAAUAAUGUAAAUUUAGACGAGGCAGAAAUUAAUCAUUUACACAACAGAGCAGCUGAAAUACAAGAAGAGAAAAACAUGAAAAAUACUCUAUUGUAAGCUUUCGCAGCCGCAAAACGUGCAGCCAUCAACCACAUUAACACUUCUGCAGAAAAGCAAUUCAGCAAUUUUUUGUUCAGUUUGUGAAGUGAUUGUACUACUUUCUCAGAUAAGCAUUGCCAUUGUAAUUUUGAAGCGUGAAGUACGUGAAUCAUACCCCUCCAAAAAAAAAUAAAAAAAAAUAAUGACGCGUUGACAUUGCGACUACGUUUACAAGUAUUGCUAAUAAUUUAAGAAUUGAUCUUAUGCUAUUAAAAAUUGUUUAAAACUAAAGACAAAUAAUGUCUAAUCAGGCG